AUGUUUCCCCUUAUUGACAUCAACAUUUCUGAGCUCAACGUGUCAGCAACCAUCAUCGGCUAUGAUUCCGGAUACCUCAAUGGCGUGCUCGGCUCCCAAGACUCCACCAAAAUCUACGGCAUCAGAGACGGCAAUACAGGAGCCAUGUACUUGACGCCUUACACCCGCAGCACUUUCUCUACGUUGUUUGUCGUCGGAGCUCUUGUGGGCUGUCAACUUGUUCCGCUGCUCACAAGUAGGAUCGGUCGUAGAGGCAACUUGUACGCGGCAUCUUGCACUUACGCCGUUGGCGUGGCUCUUCAGACUGCAGGGCUUGCUCCGGCGGUAUUCAUCGUGGGCCGCGUAUUGCUUGGUGUCGCCCUCGGUCUCAUCUCCGUUACGGUCCCGGCCUACCUUAUGGAAUGCUCGACUCCGAUAAAUAGAGGCCAGCUGAUGGCGCGCUACUCGCAGUUCCUCACCACAGGAAACGUCCUGGCCUGCGCGAUCAGCCUUGGUACCUCAAAGUAUGCCGACUCUCGAAGCUGGCGCAUCACGAUCGCGUUCCAGCUGGUCUUGGCGUUGACCGUGUUCGUCGGCGUGAUGUUUUGUCCCGAGUCACCGCUACUCCUAGCCAGGAAGAACAAGAUCGCCGAAGCGCGGCGCGCCCUCGCCAUCCUUCGCAACGCAGACACGAACUCACCGGAAGUCGACGAGGCUAUACUUGAUAUUGAAACUCACGUCGCAGAUCAGCACGUCAACGGAAGCGCGCGAUUUGCUGAGUGCUUCCAAGAUACGGACCUGAGACGCACCCUCAUCGGCGUGGCCAUGUCUUUCUUCACGAUAUCGACCGGCAUCACCUUCUGGUUUGGCUACGGAACGACCUUCUUUGCGGCCGCAGGCGUUGAUAAUUCGUAUUUGAUAUCACUCAUUCUCGCCAUUACCAACUGCGUUUUCACGGCGCCGUCCAUGUAUCUCAUCGAGCGUCUGGGAAGACGAAGAUCCCUGAUCGGGGGCGGUAUUCUCAUGGGUCUCGCCCAACUACUGACCGCCAUCAUUCACAGCGCUGCCCCGGACAGCAAGGCGGAUAAGACGAUGCUGGCUGUUGGCGCGGUGUUCUUCAUCGCAUCUUAUGCGCCGACUUGGGGGAUCGGGGGUUGGCUACUAAUGGCAGAGCCAUUUUCAGACCGCGCGAGAAACUACCAAUCGUCCAUCGUUCUGACGGCAUACUGGAUCAUCACAUGGCUCGUUGGCUUCGUCACGCCGUACAUGGUUGACGAGACUGCUGGAAACCUGGGGGUCAAGGUCUCCUACAUCUGGUUCGGUAUGACCGUGCUGUCCCUUGUGUGGGCCUACACCUGCGUUCCGGAGCUUGCGGGGCUUUCAAGGUCGGAGAUUGAUAAGCUGUUUGAGGAGAGAGUCCCUGCGUGGCGGUCAAGAGAGUGGCAGAGACAGCUUCGAACUAUUCAAGCUGUUGAGGCAGAGUCGGACAAGGUUCCUACCGUCGAGGAAAAGAUGCCAUGCAAAGAGUAA